AUGAAAAGGUGGAAAGAUUAUGAAGAGAAUUAUGCGAGGUGGAAAGAUUAUGAGAGAUUAUUAUUAGAAGAGGAUUAUGAGAGGUGGAAAGAUUAUGAAGAGGUUCAUAUAGUGAUUAUGAAGAGGUGGAAAAAAAUCAAAUCCUACGACACAGUAAUUAAAGAUCAAAAUGUUUUUCUUUUAGAUGGUUCUGGUGGUGGAAUGCAAAGUAUAUCUCCUUACUUGAAUGUUGAUCCAGCUUACUUAAAUCAAGGAGGACCAGAAUGGAUAUUUCCCGAAGGUGCAUCACGGACUCGGGGUAGAUUUGAGCUUGCGUUUUCUCAGAUUGGUGGGGCUGUCAUGACAGGUGCAUUUUUUGGUGGUAUCCAAGGGUUUUAUGGAGGCUGGAAACAAAUGAGUUCAGUAGAACAAAAAGCUAGUGUUAGGAGAACUCAAUUACUAAAUCAUAUAACAAAACGUGGAGCUGGUACUGCAAAUACCCUUGGUGUAAUAGCUGUUAUGUAUAGUGGCUUUGGUGUCGUACUUUCAUGGAUCCGAGGAGUUGACGAUGAAGUCAAUACCAUUGCUGCAGGUACAGCGACUGGUUUACUGUACAAAUCUUCAGCUGGUUUAAGGAAAUGUGGAAUAGGAGGAGCUCUAGGUCUAGGAAUGGCUUCAGCAUAUUGUUUAUGGACUAGUAAAGAUAGAAUAAAGCAAAUGUUUCACAUAGCAUAAAUAAAAACCUCCAUAAAGGAAUGUUGACAUCUUCAAGCGAUAAUUCAUCAGACUGUAGGGUUACUCUGUACAUUUAGACUCGAUUUAUAGCAGAAUUUUAAAACAUGUUACUUCACAUUCAAUUUUCAGUUCCAUGUCAAGUGGAGUUUAUAUCUUUUGCUUUCUCAAGUGUGAGGUGCAUUUGUUUACAAACAUAAUUCAAAUAAUUUGUUUUCUCAAAAUUAUUUGAUUUUUGAUGCUUUCUUUCUUGUAUAUUUGCAUUGUAGAAUUUCUGGAAUAAUAAUUUAGAUAAAUAUGUUUUAUUUAUAUUAUUUGUAAAUUUGUCUUCUGAAGUGUUGCUCAUGCAGUCAAAUGAAUGGAAUCAGUGAAUUUGUUUAAUUAUUGCAAAUGCAUUAUGGUUAUCUUCUGUGGGAAGGAUGCUUUCUGGAGGACUUUCUAAGGAAGACUGGCCCAUAUUUGUACAUAUGAGGAAAAUAUCACAUAAAUAGCCAUUUAAAUGUUUGGUAAACAACUGCAGCUUCAACCAUUCAAUCACUUGCUGGCAGAUGAAGGAAAAGAAAUGCUAAGAAAUUUUCAUUUCUUUUCUUUCAUUUGCGAAUCAUUUUACAAUUGAGGUAUAAAUGUAAUUAUAAAAAUAUUCAUAAUUUUUUACUUGCCAUAAUUUAGGAAGCAUAAAACAAACCACAUGACUUUGCAUUCAUUGUAUAAAAUAUUUAUUGAAAUAAAGCGAUUUGUGAGAAACUAUAGAGGCUGUAUGUAAAUAUAUUGAUCCUAGCCAGUUUUAAUAAGAUUAAAUCUUUCUUCUAGUAAAAUUAUAAUUCACUUCAUUUAUGUCAAUUAUUUUACUUAACAUGAAAUAUGUUUUUUCUUUAUCAUGAAUAAAAAUAUGUAAUAAAAAAUGAAAACAUUAUUAAAAUUUUAGAACACCUA